AUGAUCAUGGGCUUCUCUUCCGACCUGUACGGCCUUCGGUGGCCCUUUGCUCUAGCCGUGCUGCUCUUGUACGCGGGCCACAAGAUCCGGACCUACAACCGCCUGAAGGCCUUCAAGGGGCCGUCCUUGUGUGGGUGGACAGAAGCGUGGCAUGUUUGGGCGAUCCUUUCCUUCAGAUCGCACCUGAAGUACGAUGGCGUUUGCCGCAAGUACGGGACCAUCGCCCGCGUCGGCCCAAACGAUCUUGUCACCUCGUCGCCCGAGCUGCUCGCUCACAUGAGCGGCAUCCGGUCACAAUACACCAGGACCGAAUGGUACUACCGGGCCUGCAGGCACAUGCCGGACAAGGACCAUGUCUUUAGCGAGAUGGAUGAGAAGAGGCACAAACGGCUGAGGCAACAGACGGGAUCCGGGUACUCGGGCAGAGAGAACCCCGGACUGGAGGAGUCGGUCGACUCUCACGUCUCGGACCUGAUCCGGCUGAUCCGGUCGAAAUACACGUCGACGGAGGCGGCGUCGAGGCCGAUGGACCUCGCCCAGAAGAUCCAGUACCUGACGCUGGACGUCAUCAGCGACAUCAGCUUCGGCAAGGCCUUUGGCGACCUGCGCGUCGACGACGACGUGUUCGGCAUCGCCGCGUCGGCGGACACGGGCAUGAUCGUCUUCACGUACAAGAUCGCGCUGGGCCUCUACAAGAUCCUCCAGUCGCCGCUCGCCGCGCGCCUCUUCGGCCCCAGGGAGACGGACGCGACCGGGUGGGGCCGCAUGUUCGCCAACGGCCGGGCCAUCGUCAAGGCGCGGCUGGCGCUCGACACGCAGAAGCGCUCCGACAUGAUCGCCUCCUUCAUCCGGCACGGCCUCAGCGAGGAAGAGAUCCUGUCCGAGGCGACGCUGCAGAUGAUUGCGGGCUCGGACACGACGGCCGCCUCGCUGCGGGCCGUCAUGCUGUACCUCAUCACGAACCCGCGCGUCCACGCGAAGCUCCGGGCCGAGAUCGACGCGUUCGUCGGCAGCGCCGCCGCCGAGGCCGCAGGGGCCGCUCGAGCCCCGGGGAUCGUGUCGGACGCCGACGCGCGGACGAUGCCGUACCUGCAGGCGGUCAUCAAGGAGGGGAUGCGGGUCCACCCGCCGGUGACGAACAUGGACCCCAAGCGGGUUCCGGACGGGGGCGACACCGUCGUGGUGGACGGGCGCCCCGUCUUCCUGCCGGGCGGGACCAACAUCAGCUGCGCCGCGUGGCCGCUGCACCUGGACAAGGGCAUCUUCGGCGACGACGCCGAGCUGUUCCGCCCGGAGCGGUGGCUGCUCGAGACGGACGAGAAGAGGCUGAUGGCCAUGCACCGCGUGCACGAGCUCAUGUUUGGCUACGGCAAGUACCAAUGCCUCGGACGGCCGAUCGCGAUGAUGGAGAUUAGCAAGACGGUCUUUGAGCUGGUGCGCAACUUCGACUGGUGUCUCGCCAAACCCGACAUGCCGUGGAAGGAAUCCAACCAUGCCGGGAUCUUCAUCCAGACCGACAUGUGGGUUCUCGCCUCGGAACGACCAAGUAAUUGA